AUGAAGCCAGUCAAAUAUUUGUCACUGAAGAUGCAACCUGGAGGAGAAGCACUCCUCGCAAGCUGGUUCCAUGACGAUGACGAUCAUUUGAACUUGUGUUACUUCUACCGUGCUUCAGAAAUUUUGGAAUCACAGAAGAGAGACGAGGUAAUCUGGGUUUUAUAGAAUGUUUAUGUAGGGUUUGACAAGUCUAAUCCAACUGUAGUUAACCCUCAUUCUAAUCCUAACCAUAUGUAAACCUUAAAGAUGAGGUCAAGUCCGUUGGGUGGAUGCGUGGUUUGUUUACAUUUUGUUUAGUAUCUAACAUCGUUCUGGUUGUUAUGCUUUUAAGUGAAUAUAGAUUAGAAUUUCAAUUUAGAAGAUGAUGUUGAAACAAUGUGAAAUUUGGUAUUGUUUACGUCCAAAUGGUUUUAUCUUAGCUUUAUGGAAAUUCCAGACCCUAAACUCCAUCCCAUGUAUUGCAUAUAUUUACUCUGGGCUUCAUUAGUCCUUACAUGAAAUAAAACUGUUAUAUAUUAUGUCUUGUUUCUAGUUUGAAAGUGGUGAAAGUACAGCCUUGAGUCAUACAGUUACCUUGCCUACAGGACGCCUUCAUGCCUUCAAACGUUUUGAAUUUUGU